GCGAACAAAGCGACCCGGAAGCGCUGAACCAAUUGGAGGCAGGCAGAAAGAAUACCAAUCUUUAAUAAUAAAGCAAGACAAAAUCUGCAAUCGGGACAUCAGGAUGGCUGAGCCUCGGUUCAACAACCCCUACUUCUGGCCUCCGCCUCCCUCCAUGCCUGGCCAGCUGGAUAACCUGGUGCUCAUCAAUAAGAUCAAGGAGCAGCUGAUGGCUGAGAAGAUCCGACCCCUGCACCUGCCACCCAACUCAGCCCCCUCCCAGCAAACCCUGCUGGUGGCUUCCUCGCCCUCGGACGGGGGGCAGCAGCAGCAUGGCAUGCCCAUGCCCAAGCACCAGCAGGGGCAGCACCAUCCUCAGGGCUUGGUCCAGCAGCCCGACAUCGCCCUGCACGCCCGCCCAGCCUCCAGCUCUGUGCCAGUUAGAUCAGUUAACUUUAUUACCUUCAAUGUCGAUGAUGCAGACGUGAAUAUGGAUGACAAGUCAGCAGUGAAGGCCAAAGGACUGUGGGAUGAGUGGCACAUGCGACAGAUCGUAGAGCAGCCCUCUAGAGUUAACCAUCGGUCAGUCUUCAUGUGCCCAUACACAGGUCUGGCCCGGCCGGACGGCCACAGCACUUCCGAGGCCCUCACGCCCACCACACCCACCUCCAGCAGCCAGAACCGACUGGGAGGGGCCCCAUCGGUCAACAUCAUCUCCGGGCUGGCCAGUGGGCCUGGCAUGGAGCAGAUGAAGAGUGGUGGCUUGGCCGGACUCCUCGGCCCUCCACCCAAGACACCCCGCGGGAGGAAGAAGAUCAAAGCAGAGAGCGGAGGGCCUCUGCUGGUGGUGCCCUACCCCAUCAUGGCCUCUGGCGCAGACCAGGGCUGCAUCACCUUCCCUGCCAAAGAGGGCAAAACAUACAGAUGCAAAGUGUGUCCGCUUACCUUCUUGUCCAAGUCGGAGAUGCAGAUCCACUCCAAGUCCCACACGGAGGCCAAACCCCACAAGUGUCCCCACUGCUCCAAGUCCUUUGCCAACGCGUCCUACCUGGCCCAGCACCUCCGCAUUCACCUGGGCAUCAAGCCUUACCACUGCUCCUACUGCGAGAACUCCUUCCGUCAGCUCUCGCACCUGCAGCAGCACACCAGAAUCCACACUGGUGACAGACCGUAUAAAUGCGCGGCCCCUGGAUGUGAAAAGGCCUUUACCCAGCUCUCUAACCUACAGUCUCACCAGAGGCAGCACAACAAGGACAAGCCGUACAAAUGUCCCAACUGCUACCGUGCCUACUCAGAUUCAGCAUCGUUACAGAUCCACCUGUCUACGCACGCCAUCAAAAACGCUAAGGCCUACUGCUGCAGUAUGUGUGGCCGGGCAUACACCUCAGAAACCUACCUUAUGAAGCACAUGUCCAAACAUACAGUGGUUGAGCACCUAGUGAGCCACCAGUCCCCCCAGAGGACAGAGUCCCCCAGUAUCCCAAUACGCAUCUCCCUCAUCUGAGCUCUCCACCCACACAGCAGUACUGUAUGUUGUUGUAUUCAUUUUCUAUGUAAGGGUGUAGUUUAGGGACCCUUCAUAUAAGGUCAUCGACACAAGGCCUACAUACAGUGCCUUUGGAAAGUAUUCAGACCCCUUGACUUUUUCCACAUUUUGUUACGUUACAGCCUUAUUCUAAAAUGGAUUUUUAAUAGAAAUCCUCAGCAAUCUACACACAAUACCGCAUAAUGACAAAUUGAAUACAGGUUUUUUGAAUUUGUAGCAAAUUUAAAAAAAAAAAUUUAAAAAACAGAAGUAGCUUAUUUACAUAAGUAUUCAAACCUUUUACUAUUUUAUUUAACCUUUAUUUAAC